GCUCACAAUCAUUAUGUCUGGUCGCGGCAAAGGAGGGAAAGGUCUAGGAAAGGGAGGCGCGAAGCGUCAUCGCAAGAUCCUUCGGGAUAACAUCCAGGGCAUCACCAAGCCCGCCAUUCGCCGUCUCGCCCGCCGUGGAGGAGUCAAGCGAAUCUCUGGCCUCAUCUACGAGGAGACCCGUGGCGUUCUCAAAGUCUUCCUUGAGAAUGUUAUCCGUGACGCGGUCACCUACACCGAGCACGCCAAGCCCAAGACUGUCACCGCCAUGGAUGUGGUCUACGCUCUGAAGCGACAAGCCUCUCUUACGGCAUUCUACCUUCAAACUGUUCAGGUUGGGCUCACAAUCAUUAUGUCUGGUCGCGGCAAAGGAGGGAAAGGUCUAGGAAAGGGAGGCGCGAAGCGUCAUCGCAAGAUCCUUCGGGAUAACAUCCAGGGCAUCACCAAGCCCGCCAUUCGCCGUCUCGCCCGCCGUGGAGGAGUCAAGCGAAUCUCUGGCCUCAUCUACGAGGAGACCCGUGGCGUUCUCAAAGUCUUCCUUGAGAAUGUUAUCCGUGACGCGGUCACCUACACCGAGCACGCCAAGCGCAAGACUGUCACCGCCAUGGAUGUGGUCUACGCUCUGAAGCGACAAGGUCGAACCCUGUACGGAUUCGGCGGCUAGAUCAUCAAGUCGAUACAAAACAAACGGCUCUUUUAGGAGCCACCACAUGCAAUAAAAGUCAUAACCAGG